GUACACCCACGGCGGGGCGAGCGGGCACAACUGGGAGCACAGGCGGCCCAGGCAGAGUUCUCUGGAAAGAGGCCCUGACUGCUGGCAGUAGAGGGAGCCUGGGGCGAGGGACCGGGGUCUGUGGAGAGCCGGUUCCAGCUGUUGCAUCACAAAGAUCCUGCCUCUGUCUCGCGGAGGGACAGCCAGGUGGCUUCCAGCUUCUUCCAGGCGUCUCCGCUAGACCCGCACAUCACAGAGCUGGAACGGGAUGUCCUUGCUGUCAAAUCCUCCGAGGCAGCUCCUGCCUGGAUUUCCCCUCAUCUAGGACCGUCCUGAGAACCUCUGGGCGUACGUUCCGGGCUGGUGGCAGCGCUAGGCUGAGCCUGUCGACUUAACUUCCCAAAGUUGCUUUGAUUCGCGGAGGAAAAAGAACGAGAGGCUUUUGGCCCGCCGAGGCGCCCGUAGCGAGGGGGCGGGGCCCGGAAGGAAGCAGGAUGGCGGCGCCCGACAGUGACAGCGAUGAGGACCUGGUCAGCUAUGGGACGGGCCUGGAGCCUCUGGAAGAAGGUGAAAGGCCAAAGAAACCAAUUCCUCUUCAGGAUCAGACUGUCAGAGAUGAAAAAGGAAGGUAUAAGCGAUUUCACGGAGCCUUUAGUGGAGGAUUCUCUGCUGGGUACUUCAAUACUGUUGGCUCAAAAGAAGGAUGGACCCCUUCUACAUUUGUGUCUUCACGACAGAACCGAGCAGACAAAUCUGUCCUUGGUCCUGAAGAUUUUAUGGAUGAAGAGGACCUCAGUGAAUUUGGGAUAGCACCUAAGGCGAUUGUUACCACAGACGAUUUUGCAUCCAAAACCAAAGAUCGCAUACGAGAAAAGGCCAGGCAGCUGGCAGCCGCUACUGCCCCUAUUCCUGGAGCCACUCUGCUUGAUGACUUCAUAACGCCUGCAAAAGUAUCUAUUGGUUUUGAAUUGCUAAGAAAAAUGGGUUGGAAGGAAGGACAAGGAGUUGGUCCUCGAGUAAAGAGAAGGCCACGCCGACAGAAACCUGAUCCGGGAGUAAAAAUCUAUGGCUGUGCACUACCUCCUGGAGGCUCUGAAGGAUCCGAGGAUGAAGAUGAUGACUACUUGCCUGAUAAUGUGACCUUUGCACCCAAAGAUGUCACACCUGUGGAUUUUACACCUAAAGACAAUGUACAUGGACUGGCUUACAAGGGUCUGGAUCCCCGUCAAGCUCUGUUUGGAACUUCAGGAGAACAUUUUAACCUUUUUGGUGCAGGACCUGAGGAGAGCAGCAAUCUUCUUGAAGAUGUCGGACUGAAUAAAGGAAGAAAAUUGGGCAUUUCGGGCCAGGCUUUUGGAGUAGGUGCUCUGGAAGAGGAAGAUGAUGAUAUCUAUGCCUUAGAAACUCUCUCCAAGUAUGACACGGUUUUGAAGGACGAGGAGCCUGGAGAUGGACUGUAUGGCUGGACAGCCCCCAAGCAGUACAGAAAUCAGAAAGAACCAGAGAAAGAUCUUCGGUAUGUUGGCAAAAUUUUGGAUGGAUUUUCCCUGGCUUCUAAACCUUUAUCUUCUAAGAAAACUUACCCACCCCCUGAACUGCCAAGGAACUAUCGACCUGUGCAUUAUUUCAGACCUGUGGUAGCUGCAACGUCCGAGAACUCCCACUUACGUCAGGUAUUAUCGGAGUCAGCGGGAAAGGCCACACAUGAUCCAGGGACACAUAGUAGGCACCAGCUGAAUGCCUCCAAGCGGGGGGAGUUGCUUGGAGAGACGCCUGUUCAAGGUUUGGCUACUUCGGUGUUAGAGUUUCUUUCCCAAAAAGAUAAAGAGCGAAUCAAGGAAAUGAAGCAGGCCACAGACCUUAAAGCAGCGCAGCUCAAGGCCAGGAACCUGGCCCAGAUGGCCUCGAGCAGCCGACCCCAGCCCUUCUCUCCAGAUAUGGGACUCAGCUCUCGGUGCAUGGCAUUGGGUGGUGGGACAGCCACUGCCACAGCUAGCAACUUCAGACCUUUUGCAAAAGAUCCAGAGAAGCAAAAACGAUACGAAGAGUUCUUAGUACAUAUGAAACAGGGCCAGAAAGAUGCUCUGGAACAAUGCCUGGAUCCCAGCAUGACGGAAUGGGAGCGAGGCAGGGAGCGGGAUGAGUUUGCUCGGGCAGCCCUGCUGUACGUGUCUCCCCAUUCGACCUUGUCAUCCAGGUUUACUCAUGCCAAGGAGGAGGACGACUCAGACCAAGUUGAAGUCCCUCGAGACCAAGAGAAUGAUGUCAAUGACAAGCAGUCAGCUGUGAAGAUGAAGAUGUUUGGGAAGCUCACCCGAGACACAUUUGAGUGGCACCCUGACAAGUUGCUGUGUAAGAGGUUUAACGUCCCUGACCCUUACCCAGAUUCAACUGUGGUUGGCUUACCAAGAGUAAAACGGGAUAAAUUCUCAGUCUUCAACUUUCUGACACUCCCGGAAACAGCUUCCCCGUCCACAACUCGGGCAGCAAGUGAAAAAGUGCCACAGCACCGAGGUCCCGACAAAUCAAGAAAACCAUCCAGAUGGGAUACAGCUAAACAAGAAGAGAAAGAAGAUUCCAUCAGUGAAUUUUUAAGUUUGGCGAGGUCAAAAGUUGGUCCACCUAAACCAGAGUCCAGUCCCUUAGUAAAGAAAGAGGAGGAGCAAGUGCCAGAAUCACUCUCAGAUAAGACGGUAAACAAAGGCGUGGAUUCACAGACCGAGGAGGAGAGCAGCCGCCCGUCCAUGGACUUAUUCAGGGCCAUCUUUGCUAGUUCCUCCGAUGAAAAGUCCUCCUCCUCCGAAGAUGAGCAGGGUGACAGCGAGGACGAUCAGCCAGAUGCUGGGGAGGCCAGCUUCAAAGAUUCCCAAGAAGCUGACAUGGGGGAGACACCGUCAGUGGCUCAUGCUAAUGAGCCAGCGCCCUGUGAGCCCGCACCUCCCUUCCCAAUACAGAAGCUGCAGAUAGAUGAGAGAGAAGAGUUCGGCCCGCGGCUGCCUCCGGUCUUCUGCCCUAAUGCUCGACAGAAACCUGAGGUACCUCAAAAAGAGAAACAUAAAAAGAACAAAGAAAAACACAAGACCAAGAAAGAGCACAGCAGAAGAAAGAAAGAGAAGAAAAAGAAACAUAAGAAGCACAAACACAAAGGCAAGCAAAAGAACAAAAGAUCAGAGAAAAGUAGCACUUCAGAGAGUUCCGACAGCAGCGACAGCCGGAGUGAUGAAGAUGGGACUGCAGACAUGUCACCCCAGGAACUGCUGAGACGGUUAAAACGUCUUCCGCUCAGGAGGCAGUGAUUUCAUUCUGCCUCGGCCUGUCCCAGUAUCAGCUCUCCUCUGUGAUGGAAGCUCAUUGAUUGUUCAGUUAAUACAUUGUACAGAUUGUAUUUAUAUGUAAA